AUGGCCUUGACAGCACUGAGGAGACUCGGCCCCCAGUUGAUCCACGCGAGAGGUAUAGCCAUGUCAGCAACGCAGACCCAGACUCAAGCCAAGAGAGAAGGGGAUAUAUCCGACUCCUUUGCCUCGCUAUCUGGCACAGCCAAGGAGCCUUUGCCCCAACGUUUCCUAGAGCUGAAGCAGAAGCUUACUCGGGGCCACGAGCAAGCCGUGACAGACAGCUGGAAGCGACUAUUGCUGCAGCUCAAGAUUGAAAAUGACAUCGUAGCCAGAGAGGGAUUUAAUGUCGUCCCGUCUAUCGAAUUCAAGACUCUCGACACGGACCUCGCAGUCCUGCGAAAUGAAAUCAAGAAAAGGGGCGUCGCCGUGAUUCGCGGCGUCAUCCCCGAAGACGAUGCGCGCCAAUACAAGGCGGAGCUGGAAGACUAUAUCAACGCGAAUCCUUCCACAAAAGCUUUCCCACAGACCGACCCUCAAGUCUUUGAGCUGUACUGGUCGGCACCACAGCUCAAGGCAAGAGCACACCCAAAUCUAUUAAAAGCCCAGACGGCCCUCAUGAGCCUGUGGCACCUCUCAAACCCUGAAAGUGACAUUUCCAUCUCGCAGCCUCUCUCGUAUGCUGAUCGCCUUCGGAUCCGUCAGCCCGGAGAUGCAAAGUUUGCUUUAGGUCCUCACAUGGACGGCGGUAGCGUUGAGCGAUGGGAACACAAUGGCUAUGGUCUGGGCAACGUCUAUGAUAGGGUCUUCGAGGGGCAGUGGGAGAAGUACGAUCCCUGGGAUGCCAGUACCCGUGUCUCUGCGGUGAUGGACAAUUAUAAUGGCCUGGGAGCCUGCUCAAUGUUCCGCAUGUUUCAGGGUUGGCUCAGCAUGAGCCGAACUGGGCCUUACGAAGGGACUUUGCAAGUCAACCCGCUCUUGCGCCUUUCAACUUCCUACUUACUAUUGCGGCCAUUCUUUCAACCCAUCAAGUCUGCCAAGGAUGCCUCAUACUCAGAGUUCCUGAGCGACGGCAACUGGGAGUUCUGCGGUGACAAGAUGACGAGUGAGCUCCAUGGCGCUACUCCAGGCUACGGGCAAGAGCUGAAUGAUGCAUUGCACCCUCAUCUCGAGCUCGAAAAAGCCAUGGUACAUGUGCCGCAGGUGAAGCCCGGUGAUUUUGUUGUUUGGCAUUGCGACACAAUACACGCAGUCGACAAGGUUCACAUGGGCAAGGCACAUUCCAGCGUGCUUUACAUCCCCGUCUGCCCGGUCACCGAGAAUAAUGCGAAGUAUCUCAAGAGACAAAGAGAGGCCUUCGUUGCUGGGACACCAGGGCCAGACUUUCCUGGCGGUCAAGGAGAGAGUCAGCACCUCAACCGGUGUGAGCUCGGCUUCCUUCAGAGACACACGGAUACUCGAGGACUACGGGCUGCUGGAUUCGAGAGACUUGUGCCCAGUGAUACAGAUCCGAUCGGGUCAAAGAAGGUUACUGAGAAGGCCAACGCCAUUCUCGGGUACUAA